CGCCUGCGCACAGCGCGCUCUCGCCCGAGGAGCCGCAGUCUCGGGGGCGACAAGGUAGUGUUUCGGUAAUCUCCCGCCAGCUUCUCCCGCGAACCCGGCGUGGUUGGCCUGCACCAUAGGCGGAGACGUCCGCCGGGCACAGAAGGAGCCACGAUGCCGAUCAACAAAUCAGAGAAGCCAGAAAGCUGUGAUAAUGUGAAGGUGGUGGUUAGGUGUCGUCCUCUCAAUGAGAGAGAGAAAUCAAUGUGCUACAAACAAGCUGUCAGUGUGGAUGAGAUGAGGGGAACUAUCACUGUACAUAAGACUGAUUCUUCCAAUGAACCUCCAAAGACAUUUACUUUUGAUACUGUUUUUGGACCAGAGAGUAAACAACUUGAUGUUUAUAACUUAACUGCAAGACCUAUUAUUGAUUCUGUUCUUGAAGGCUACAAUGGGACUAUUUUUGCAUAUGGACAAACUGGUACAGGCAAAACUUUUACCAUGGAAGGUGUUCGAGCUGUUCCUGAACUUAGAGGAAUCAUUCCAAAUUCAUUUGCUCACAUAUUUGGUCAUAUUGCAAAAGCAGAGGGUGAUACAAGAUUUUUGGUUCGAGUGUCUUAUUUGGAAAUAUAUAAUGAAGAAGUUCGUGACCUUUUGGGCAAGGACCAGACACAGAGAUUAGAGGUUAAAGAAAGACCUGAUGUGGGAGUCUAUAUCAAAGAUUUAUCAGCUUAUGUGGUAAAUAAUGCUGAUGAUAUGGAUAGAAUUAUGACACUAGGCCACAAAAAUCGUUCCGUUGGCGCGACUAAUAUGAAUGAACAUAGUUCCCGUUCCCACGCCAUCUUUACAAUCACUAUAGAAUGUAGUGAAAAAGGUGUUGAUGGUAACAUGCACGUCAGGAUGGGGAAGCUCCACCUUGUAGAUCUUGCUGGUUCAGAAAGACAAGCAAAAACUGGGGCUACUGGGCAGCGCCUAAAGGAAGCUACUAAAAUUAAUCUUUCGCUUUCUACACUCGGUAAUGUAAUUUCUGCCUUGGUUGAUGGAAAAAGCACUCAUGUGCCCUAUCGUAACUCUAAAUUGACUCGUCUUCUUCAGGAUUCCUUAGGAGGAAAUUCAAAAACCAUGAUGUGUGCAAAUAUUGGGCCAGCAGAUUACAAUUAUGAUGAAACUAUCAGUACAUUACGGUAUGCUAACCGUGCUAAGAAUAUUAAGAAUAAAGCUAGAAUUAAUGAAGAUCCAAAGGAUGCUUUACUUCGUCAAUUUCAGAAAGAAAUAGAAGAACUGAAAAAAAAACUUGAAGAAGGGGAAGAAAUAUCAGGCUCUGAUAUCAGUGGGUCAGAGGAUGAUGAUGAUGAAGAGGGUGAGGCUGGAGAAGAUGGAGAGAAAAGGAAAAAAAGACGGGAUCAAGCAGGUAAAAAGAAAGUUUCCCCAGAUAAGAUGGUUGAAAUGCAAGCAAAAAUUGAUGAGGAGAGAAAAGCACUUGAAACAAAGCUCGACAUGGAAGAAGAGGAAAGAAACAAGGCUAGAGCUGAAUUAGAGAAACGAGAAAAAGAUCUUCUUAAAGCCCAACAAGAGCAUCAGUCUUUGCUAGAGAAAUUAUCUGCGCUGGAGAAGAAGGUAAUUGUUGGUGGUGUUGAUUUGUUGGCGAAAGCUGAGGAACAAGAGAAACUUCUUGAAGAAUCUAAUAUGGAACUGGAAGAAAGGAGGAAGAGAGCUGAGCAACUUCGCAGGGAACUUGAGGAAAAAGAGCAAGAACGCUUGGAUAUUGAAGAAAAAUAUACCAGUUUGCAAGAGGAAGCGCAGGGAAAGACCAAGAAAUUAAAGAAAGUUUGGACUAUGCUGAUGGCUGCGAAGUCAGAGAUGGCUGAUCUCCAACAAGAACAUCAGAGGGAGAUCGAAGGCCUACUAGAGAACAUUCGACAGCUUAGCAGGGAGCUUCGGCUUCAGAUGCUUAUUAUCGAUAACUUUAUACCUCAGGAUUAUCAGGAAAUGAUUGAAAACUACGUCCAUUGGAAUGAAGACAUAGGAGAAUGGCAGCUGAAAUGUGUUGCCUACACAGGAAAUAACAUGAGGAAGCAGACUCCAGUUCCUGAUAAAAAAGAGAAAGAUCCCUUUGAAGCGGACCUUUCCCAUGUGUAUCUUGCCUAUACUGAGGAGAGCCUCCGGCAGUCCUUGAUGAAGUUAGAGCGGCCACGGGCCUCAAAGGGAAAAGCAAGGCCAAAGACGGGGAGAAGAAAGCGUUCUGCAAAGCCCGAAACUGUGAUUGACUCUUUACUUCAGUAAGUGUUACAGACUGAAAAUCUCAAUAAAAAUUAGUGACUGUCUCAUGCCUGGACAAAAUCUUUAAUUAAAACGCUGAAGACUUCUGUGUAAUUUCAAAUAAUGGAAAUUGUAAAUCAUGGAGUAAGACUGGAAUAAUUUGUCUAAUAACUUUUAGUCUAUAUAUGUUAAGUUAAUAUAACAUUAAAAUUGCACAACUGGUAAUUGUUCCAAUUGUCGUAUUACUCUGCAAUUUAUACUCUAUAGGGAAAUUGGGGGAGCAGCUCAUACUGUAAAGAGUUGCAGUUUAAAUGUAUACAUAAAUCUGCUAGUAAUUUACUCAACUACUGUAUAUUUAGAUAACUGAAUAUUCAAAAUAGAAAAAAGUGUCCUGUUUUGCGCACACAGUAGCAGUUCUAAUUGUCUUGUGUUAGGCUGUUAUAUAUGAAUGUAUGGGCUACAAAACUAAGAAAUGAUUCAAUCCUAAUACCCUGUCUAAAUAUGUUCUAAUUUUUAUAUUGUCACUCAUUGCAUUUUAAAUAGUAGAUGACUGAUCUUAUUGAUUUGUAGAAAAUUUAUAAUUUGACAGUCUUUAGAAGUAUACAUGUUUAACAAACAAAAGUUGAAAAUAUGUUUCAUCUGGUCCUCUCGACUUUUUUGUCACUUUGAGUUCAAGUUGAAUAUACCUUUUUGUUCUGGUUUCAUGUUCUCCUGAAGCAUUGAAUUUGUGCCUAAAUAUAAAGGAGUCACAGAUACAGAAAAUUAAGAAGCUAAACACUGGUCACUCAUCUUGCCCAUAUGUGUCUUAUUUUUGAAGUGUGAUUAAUGGAUGCUUUCCUUUGAGUUCUAAAUUUUGAUGGAAAUUGCUCUGUAACUCCCAACUGAGAAAGGUCUCCAUUUUCUAAAGAAAAUAACCAAAGCAAGAAAAAUAUCUUUUAAUCCUUUGCCUUUAAAAUACUUUUUGUUUUUCUUUAUAUUUUAUUAAAUGAAAAUAUUAUUGCCUGAAUUUCUUCCAUUGACAAAUCCAGUUAGCUAUAUUCCUCUAAAAAUAGAAAUUACUUUUAUAGUAAAAUAAGUUGAAAUAGAACUGUUUUCUUUUGUUGGCUGCUUACAAAUUUUUUAUUUUUUUGAACAUUAUGCUACACCUACACCACUUAAUAUAUCUUUUUAUGAAUUUUAAAAUUAUAUAAUCAGCCAUGAAACACAUUGGUUGCAAGUGUUGAGACUUCAUAAAUUAGUAUUUAUUAAGUUAACAUUAUUUUAAGAAGUUUGGUUAAAGUAGUUUAUAAUUACAAAGCUGUACAGAGUGGGGUGAGUGAAGGUGAUGCACUUGUGAGGUGAUAGUAGAAAUGUGUCCACAGACUGAAAGUGCUUUCCAGAGGUGGGCAUGAAGCAUCCUGUGUGUGGUGCGUAUUUUCUAGGUAAUAAGAAUUGUGUUUAACGGGCAGCAUUUUCUUUGUAACGUGUAAGAUAGUUAGAAGUUUAUAACUUACUCCAUGGGGCAUUGUUUACAUACUGUGAAGACUUGAGGUGAAUUUGUGUCUUGUAAAAGUUUUGUGUGAGCAGAAUGUCUUGGCAAUUUUGAUGCACAUUUAACUCUGUUAUACUCUAGAGAAAUCCUAAUUUUACCAGGAGAAAGAAAAGAUGAAUACUUCUUUGAAAAGUCCACAUUUCUAGCCUUUAACUAUCCAGUUAAUAAGAAAGGAAUAACUUUUGCAUUAAACUCUAAAACAUUGUAGAAAAUUUAAGCCAGUAUGUUAUGUUUUCUUUUCUAUUCCAUUUCACUGCAAUUACGAAAAGCAACCUAUAAAAAGUCAAAGUGCUGAAAAUUUUAAAAAAUAGUCUGCUUUAACAAUUUUUUUUAAGCAUUUAUGCUACAACUGAUUAUACCAGAUGGACAAUAAAUAUUCAUUUUAUGAAAUACCAAAAUUAGAUAUUUGAGGCAGACCUGAGUAAUCCAUAUGAAAACAUGGACAAUGACUUUAGAGCUAUUUACUUAGCUCCAGUCCAAAGACACAUUUACUGUGUCUUUGUGCACAAAUGAAAUAUUUUGUAACUUCAGUCUUAAUUUCAUAAAAGGGGAUCGAUGAACAGACUUGCCCAUUAUAUGAAAUCAGCAGAUUUAAAAUAGGUUUUUGAAUAGGUAUUUUCUUUUUAAUUUAAAAUAGUAAUAUUUAUUAAAAGGAGUCUUGGUAGAGGUUGUUUGUGGUAUAUUCUUUAAUAAACCUUGUAAUUGUAUAUACUAAUAAUUAGGAUAUUAAAACAAUAGUAUUCCCAUUUUUGUUUAGAUUGUUAUAAAGUAUAAAAUUAAUCAGAGGAGGGGAGAGUCUGCAUCUCUGUGUUUAUCCUGCAAGUAGAAUCCAUUCGACAAGCUGUGUCAUCUACUUUCUAGGAAAAAGAGCCCUUUUUUGUAGUAAGAAAUUCAAGGUUACUUUGGAGUUGGCAGAUGGUGCCGCUUUAUUUGUAACAUGUUUUUUAAAUUAUGAUUAUGGUCGUGGGGUUGUUUUUUUGUUUUGUUUUAUUUCCUUUUAGUCAUUUUAAAAAUGUCUUUCCCCUUAACUCUUAUCUGAAGGAAAGUCCCUCUCUUUCCUACAGGACUGUGAAUUAAGGAAUGGGUGGAGUUUACAUUUAAGCACGCCAGUGUCUGUGCGAUUUCUUAAUGUAUACAUUUGUUUUCCUUUUUAGUUAUUCUUUGUUCUUAAAAUGCUAGAAGAAAACAUAGGUCUUCCUAGUGCCUUCGAGCUUAUACUGUAGUCUGACUGAUUUAAAUCAUUAAUAACUUCAAAAGUAUUACUACACUACUGUAUACUGGCCAGAAUUACAAAUUGUACAGUGAGUUUGUUGCAUUAAUUUCAAAAGCCACACUUCCAUCGUAUUUUAUGUAUAAAUUGUAUUUGUUCAAGUUGUACAUAUUGAUAUUGUAUAUAUAUACGUGCAGCAUGGGUUAAUAAGAAAUAAAAGUGUUUACCUAAUGCUAUUAA